AUGAGCGGCGACAACGGGAGACAAGAGGGUAACAUUAACCCUCGGUCAACCGCCAUGUGUUUCGGACAGUAUCAGUACACGGCAGAGGAGUACCAGGCUGUGCAAAAUGCAUUGCGAAAAAAACUCGGACCUGAAUAUAUCAGCACCAGGUUGGCAGGAGGAGGACAAAAGGUGUGCUACAUUGAAGGACAUCGGGUCAUCAGCUUGGCCAAUGAGAUGUUUGGUUACAAUGGUUGGUCUCACUCUGUCUCUCAACAAAAUGUUGACUUUGUGGACCUCAUCAAUGGGAAGUUUUAUGUUGGGGUUAGUGCAUUUGUGAAAGUUCAGCUUAAGGAUGGCACUUACCAUGAAGAUGUGGGCUACGGGGUUAGUGAAGGACUCAAGUCCAAAGCUCUGUCACUGGAGAAGGCCAGAAAAGAGGCAGUGACAGAUGGUCUGAAAAGAGCACUAAAGUGCUUUGGAAAUGCUCUUGGGAACUGCAUCCUUAACAAGGAAUACCUCAUAGCCAUAAAUAAAAUACCUAAGGAGCCUCAGCCACCUCUGAGCCUUGCUGAGACCAAGCGGUCGGACAGUGAGCCUGCUGUAGAGCAGGCCCGGUAUGACAGCAUGACCUGCUGGUACAAGACAAGCAUCGUUGGCUCAGCAGUGCGUCCAUCAGGGGACACAUCGGUAGAGGAUCUGAGAGGUCCAAUCCAGACCAAUGGGCAGGACCAUGGCGGUAGAUUUAGGAGAUCUGUUACAGACACAGCUUCAACACACACAGCACCUCCCUCAGCUCAGGAGAACAGUGAAAAUAGACCACACUACUCAUCCAGGUCUGUGGAUGUGGCCGACCAGUCGACCUCUGACACUCUGCUGGACUCUAAGCAGCAGAGGAAGCUGAGGCAGCAGCAGCUUCAGCAGAAGUUUCUUCAGGAGAUGGAAGCCAAGAGAAUUCAGCAGGCUCUGCCACAGAUGAAGACUGAACCUACAAUGCCUGCCACAGAAAAUGAACCUUGUAUUAGGCAAGCCCAGGCUUUGGGCCCCAUUAAUCACAGCACACCCAAUGGGCAGCAGAGCAUAACCAAAGGAGAAGAUUACCUGGUUGAUGAAGCUGAGCUGUGGGACUUUACUAUGGACAGCAUUGACAUGCUGGACGUUCCAGCCAAGGAGCUCAAACCUGGACAGCCCGAUACGCCUGGCCGAAAACACACGAUGAUGACCCGUAGUCGAACUCCCCAGAGGCCCCCCCUUCACCCUCAGGAACCAGUAAACCCUCAGAGCAGAGGACUCCAAGCACACACAUACAGACCUCCUCACCGACACCUGGGAACAGAACAUGGCAGCCCAAACAGACAAGGUCAACACAUGAAGAAACGGAAACUGGACUCCUAGUAUCAGGCACUGAUUCAGUGCUGUUUUGUUUCCAUGUCAUUCACUUUAAUGCUGAUCAUUUACAGCUUUUAUUUUAGUGUUACAUGAAAUUUAAAAUUACAGCAUUGUGGCUGA